GGGCUGCGCGGCCGUCCCCCUGCCUGUCUGGCCGUCCUUCCUCCCUCUCUUUUCGCAUCCAUACACCUCUUUGUACCGCACCCCCUGGGGACCCCAGCGCCCCUCCCCUCCUCCUUGGCCGCAUGGACUGUCCUGCAGGCCGCUGAUGCCGCCCGCGGUGAGGUGGCCUGGACCGCAGUGCCCCGAGAGAGCUCUAAUGGUACCAAGUAACGGAUCGGCCUUCCUGUAGCACGGGGACGCCAGAUCUAAGAAGAUGUCAGCAAUACAGGCCGCCUGGCCAUCCGGUACAGAAUGUAUUGCCAAGUACAACUUCCAUGGCACUGCUGAGCAAGACCUUCCCUUCUGCAAAGGAGAUGUGCUCACCAUUGUGGCCGUCACCAAGGACCCCAACUGGUACAAAGCUAAGAACAAAGUGGGCCGUGAGGGCAUCAUCCCAGCCAACUAUGUCCAGAAGCGUGAGGGCGUGAAGGCAGGCACCAAGCUCAGCCUCAUGCCCUGGUUCCAUGGCAAGAUCACGAGGGAGCAGGCGGAGCGGCUUCUCUACCCACCGGAGACAGGCCUGUUCCUGGUGCGAGAGAGCACCAAUUACCCCGGGGACUACACGCUGUGUGUGAGCUGUGAAGGCAAGGUGGAACACUACCGCAUCAUGUACCACGCGAGCAAGCUGAGCAUCGAUGAGGAGGUGUACUUCGAGAACCUCAUGCAGCUGGUGGAGCACUACACCACAGAUGCCGAUGGACUCUGCACUCGCCUCAUCAAACCAAAGGUCAUGGAGGGCACAGUGGCAGCCCAGGACGAAUUCUACCGCAGUGGCUGGGCGCUGAACAUGAAGGAACUGAAGCUGCUACAGACGAUCGGGAAGGGGGAGUUUGGAGAUGUGAUGCUGGGGGAUUACCGAGGCAACAAAGUUGCAGUCAAGUGCAUUAAGAAUGACGCCACUGCCCAGGCCUUCCUGGCUGAAGCUUCUGUCAUGACGCAACUUCGGCACAGCAACCUGGUCCAGCUGCUGGGUGUGAUUGUGGAGGAGAAGGGUGGACUGUAUAUCGUCACAGAGUACAUGGCCAAGGGGAGUUUGGUGGACUAUCUUCGAUCACGUGGUCGUUCGGUGCUAGGUGGAGACUGUCUCCUCAAAUUCUCACUAGACGUCUGCGAGGCCAUGGAAUAUCUGGAGGGCAACAAUUUCGUGCACCGGGACUUGGCUGCCCGGAACGUGCUGGUGUCUGAGGACAACGUGGCCAAAGUCAGUGACUUUGGCCUCACCAAGGAAGCGUCCAGCACUCAGGACACAGGCAAACUGCCGGUCAAGUGGACAGCUCCUGAAGCCUUGAGAGAGAAGAAAUUUUCCACCAAGUCCGAUGUGUGGAGUUUCGGAAUCCUUCUCUGGGAAAUCUAUUCCUUUGGGCGAGUGCCUUACCCAAGAAUUCCCCUGAAGGACGUCGUCCCUCGGGUGGAAAAGGGCUAUAAGAUGGAUGCCCCGGAUGGCUGCCCGCCCGCAGUCUACGAGGUCAUGAAGAACUGCUGGCACCUGGAUGCUGCCACGCGGCCCACCUUCCUGCAGCUCCGAGAGCAGCUGGAGCACAUCAAAACCCAUGAGCUGCACCUGUGACCUCUGCCUCCGCCUAGGCCACAGGCCUGCAGGGUCAGGGCCUAGAAGAUCUGGGAGCCGGCGCCCUGCGGCUCACUGGCCUGAACUUGAACUGAGCCCCAGCGGGCUGGUAGGCCUCUUGCCUCUGACCUGCCUGUCCCUUCUGGCCCCCCAGGGACCCCACCUAGUCCUGGCAUCUUCUCUCAUGGACCCACGUGUAGGGCUUGGGGCUCCCACUGAAGGGGCUAAGAAGGGAGGAGGCCCAGCAGCAGGAGGCAGCGCCCCUGUGGUCGGCCUUCUCUUGGCCUCACAUCAUUCGCCUUCUUAGAGUUUUAUUCCUUUCCUUUUUUGAGAUUUUUUUUCGUGUGUUUAUUUUUUAUUAUUUUUCAACAUAAGGAGAAAGAAAGUACCCAGCAAAUGGGCAUUUUACAAGAAGUACGAAUCUUAUUUUUCCUGUCCUGCCCCUGGGGGUGGGAGGGACCAGCCUCUCUAGGGACCCGUCACCCCAGCCUGUUCCCCAUCCCGUGUUCCAUGUCCAGUGUUGCCUCGGUCGCCUAUGUUUGCGCUUGACCAUGUUGCACUGUUUGCAUGUGCCCGAGGCAGGCGUCUGUCAGGGGCUUGGAUUUCAUGUGCUGUGGCCGCUCACUUUACCGCCUUGUGAGAUGGAAUCCUAAUAAACCACUCCAUGAGGACACCGCCA